AUCUCUCUCAGUCGCUCGUGGGAGUUAGCGUAAAAGCCUAAACCCCUGUUUCUCAAACAGAGCACGAGAAGGUUCUUCUUCGUCUUAACAAGAAUCGAAAUGGCGGCGAGAGGUGCCUUGCUGAAGUACCUGAGAGUGAACGUAAACACAGUACCUGGAAACCCUAGCACCACCGCCACCAACCUCUUCUCCCUCUCCUUCAAUGCCAUACGCCGCCGUUUCUCCGAGGAGGUCCGAGGCACCUUCUUAGACAAAUCCGAAGUCACCGAUCGCGUCCUCUCCGUUGUUAAAAACUUCCAGAAAGUUGAUCCUUCCAAGGUUACACCAAGUGCCCAUUUCCAGAACGAUCUUGGAUUAGACAGUUUGGAUACUGUGGAGGUCGUGAUGGCACUCGAAGAAGAAUUUGGAUUCGAGAUCCCAGAUAACGAAGCAGACAAGAUCAGUAGCAUCAACCUGGCCGUUGAUUUUAUUGCUUCUCACCCUCAAGCCAAGUAGGGAGGAAGUUGACUCCUUGGUAUUUUUGUUUUCAUCAUUAGAAUCUUAGUAUUUUCUUAUGUUUCUUACAGAAAUGGUAUCUCCAUUUUAAUCUGUUUGAAAAGAAUUGUUUGGAGAGUUUGCUGUGUCGGCGAUGCUCACCUUUCAAUUAAUGGAAGGAAAUUAAUGGUUGAAUGCCCUGAACUGAAAUUGGUGACACUAGUCUUUCAUUCUAAUAAAAAUUCAUUUAG